UCGCCAACCAACGUGCCCACCGCUGGGCUGAUUAGCAUGUCCGUCAAUCCAGCCUGGCUCCACCUUUCUGGUGUUCAAAGCGGCCACAUUUGUUGCCUUGCCGUCCGCGUCCCUCAGUCGCGCCUCUUCUGCCUCGAGGUCUUGUCGACAUCCGAUCCCGCUCGGCCGGAAGACAGCUCCUGUCUGGCGCGCUUGGCCAGUGAACCGCAAUCUUCUUCCUUUGUUGAGCAUUCUUAUUCACCCCAUGGAGGCAAUAUUCUAUCAUCCCGUGGUUAA